CUGAGAUCGAUUUAAUGCCCAAACAGGAAACUGGCAUGAGCUGGGACUGAGGGUCGCUGUAGCUGUCAUAGUGACAGGGUUUUCAAUAUAACUUCUAAAUAUUACGUGCAUGUUAUUGGGAAAACAAGUCAACGUGCUUAUACCUAUUACCACCAAGACUAUUAUGAAGAACAUGGGAAAUGUCUUUCUCAAAGGAACAUGAACACAAGCAGUGUUUGGACAGGAAAUCUGUAAAGACUUUACUUGCGGACGGUAUAGACUUACAUUUUAAAAGCUGUGUCACAAGACACGGAUAUCAGACUGAGUAGUUUCGCCCGACACCACACAGGGCAAAAAGGUCUUUGCUGGUAAGACAUGGACAACCCUGGGUACCGCAGAGGAAGCUUUAACAGCAUGCAGAGCGGCACCAGUGAUGAGGACAUGGUGGAGAUAGCUGGAGCCACAUUGGAUUCCUCAGUGACAGACGAUGUGCCGCCACUGGACAGGGAUAUUUCCAGGGGACACUCCACUUUUAAUGGAGAAGGCUUGAAUGGUGCCAGUAAGAUGAUGGAUUUCCUAGAGGAGCCUAUCCCAGGGGUGGGGACUUAUGAAGAUUUCAAUACUAUCGACUGGGUGAGGGAGAAGUCGAAGGACAGAGACAGGCACAGAGAGAUUGCAAAUAAAAGCAAAGAAUCAACAUGGGCACUUCUCCAGAGUGUGAGCGAUGCUUUCUCUGGCUGGCUGCUGAUGCUCCUAAUUGGUCUUAUGGCAGGUUCCCUUGCUGGUCUAAUCGAUAUCUCUGCUCACUGGAUGACGGAUCUGAAAGAGGGGGUGUGUCUCUCUGGGUUCUGGUUCAAUCAUGAACACUGCUGCUGGACCUCCAAUGAGGCCACGUUCAUCGAGAGAGACAAGUGCCCUCAGUGGAGGAGCUGGGCCGAGCUCAUUGUUGGACGGCCCGAUGGAGCAUUUGCCUACAUAGUCAACUACUUGAUGUACGUCAUCUGGGCCCUGCUGUUCUCAUUCCUGGCUGUGUCCCUCGUCAGGUCUUUCGCUCCUUAUGCUUGUGGGUCAGGAAUCCCAGAGAUUAAGACCAUUCUGAGUGGCUUCAUCAUCCGGGGCUAUCUUGGGAAGUGGACACUGGUGAUCAAGACCAUCACCCUGGUUCUGGCUGUUUCGUCGGGGCUCAGUCUGGGCAAGGAGGGACCGCUGGUGCACGUGGCCUGCUGCUGUGGCAACAUCCUCUGCCACCUCUUCACCAAAUAUAGUAAGAAUGAGGCCAAGAGGAGAGAGGUGUUGUCUGCAGCAGCAGCGGCUGGAGUGUCAGUGGCUUUUGGUGCCCCUAUCGGAGGAGUCCUGUUCAGCCUGGAAGAGGUCAGCUACUAUUUCCCAUUGAAGACCCUGUGGAGGUCCUUCUUCGCCGCCCUGGUGGCAGCUUUCACCCUGCGCUCCAUCAACCCAUUUGGGAACAGCCGGCUGGUGCUGUUCUAUGUCGAGUUCCACGCCCCCUGGCACCUACUGGAGCUCAUCCCCUUCAUCUUGCUGGGUAUCUUUGGGGGGCUUUGGGGGGCUUUCUUCAUCCGCACCAACAUAGCCUGGUGUCGCCGACGUAAGACCACCAAGCUGGGCCGCUACCCCGUGCUGGAGGUGCUGGUGGUGACAGCCAUCACAGCCAUCAUCGCCUUCCCCAACGACUACACGCGCAUCAGCACCAGUGAGCUCAUAUCAGAGCUCUUCAAUGACUGCAGCCUGCUGGACUCUUCCAAGCUCUGCGACUACAUCAACGACAACACCACCAAGACCACCGACGACCGCGCCGCUGGCCCCAACGUCUACACCGCCAUGUGGCAGCUCGCACUGGCGCUCGUCUUCAAAGUCUUCAUCACAAUCAUCACCUUUGGCAUGAAGGUCCCAUCAGGACUUUUCAUCCCGAGCCUGGCUGUGGGUGCAAUAGCAGGUAGGCUGCUGGGAAUUGGAAUGGAACAGCUGGCUUAUUACCACCACGACUGGGUCAUCUUCAAAGGCUGGUGCAGCCCAGGGGCAGACUGCAUCACACCAGGGCUCUAUGCCAUGGUGGGAGCAGCAGCAUGCCUUGGUGGGGUGACCAGGAUGACUGUGUCCCUGGUGGUCAUCAUGUUCGAGCUGACCGGCGGGCUGGAAUACAUUGUGCCUCUGAUGGCUGCGGCCAUGACCAGCAAGUGGGUGGCAGACGCAAUUGGCCGAGAGGGGAUCUAUGAUGCCCACAUCCGUCUGAACGGCUACCCCUUCCUGGAGGCCAAGGAGGAGUUCACACACAAGACCUUGGCCAUGGAUGUGAUGCGGCCGCGCAGGAAUGACCCGCCGCUGACCGUGCUCACACAGGACGGUCUGAAGGUGGAGGACGUGGAGACUCUCAUCAGUGAGACCACGUACAGUGGCUUCCCCGUGGUAGUGUCCAGAGAGUCCCAGAGGCUGGUUGGCUUUGUCCUGAAAAGAGAUCUUAUUAUAGCAAUAGAAAAUGCUCGAAAGAGGCAGGAUGGUGUUGUUAGCUCUUCAGAUAUUUACUUUACAGAGCACAUUCCACCACAGCCUCCCAGCAGCCCAGCAACACUCAAACUGCGCAAAAUCAUGGACCUGAGUCCCUUCACUGUCACCGACCACACGGCCAUGGAAAUUGUGGUGGACAUCUUCCGCAAGCUGGGCCUGCGCCAGUGUCUGGUCACUCACAAUGGCCGUCUUCUAGGAAUUAUCACGAAAAAGGACAUAUUAAAACACAUGGCCCAGGUAGUGAAUCAGGACCCAGACUCCAUUCUUUUCAACUGAAGUAGCCUCCCCCCCCCCCCCCCCCCCUUCACUGUGACUGCACCCAGGAUGACAGGAUACUCCCGUUAGCUUAUUUUCAUACAAACUGGUCAGAUUAAUUGCACUACUUUAUCUGUGGGAGUCUCUUUUCAUCUGGGUUUCUUUGUGUCGAAUCGAACGCAGAGUCACCUGUACAGGGGACCCACACUAGCCACUGUGCUGCAGCCGACCCUGAAUAGGAACAUGGCUGGACAUGACAUUCAUUGCUGCGGGAUCUCUGUCCUGUCCUUAACAUAUCAACUUGAAGGGGUCGGAGCUGUACAGUAAAUCAGGGUCUGGCGCUGCUGAUUUCCUCUAAUGGAUGUAAACAAUGAAGGGACAGUACAAAUACAGUAUAUAUUGCGGCAUUGACUGCGGCAGGAUGAUUCCGGGACUCGAUACUGACAAGGAAAGGCAUCUCUGGUUUGGACCAUGUGGUAAAUUCCAGGGUGUGAAAGUGUUUGUGUCUCUGUUUCAUCUGUUAGACCUGGUUUGCUGGAGGUAUGCACUGGCACAGAUGGGUUUUGUCUGAAUGCUCUACAAUUGCAUCAGGAUUCACCAUUAGUCUUGCACAAACUGCACAGUGCAGAGCAGUUUCAUAAAUCAAGAAACUAAACUGUGAUUCCUCCAAUAAUAUUAUUUGACACUGAAGAAGGAAAACUAAUUAUACAAUGGUUUUGACAAGCAGAAUAAACUAAUAUAUUAGUCUGAAAUCACUGCACAUGCACUGGUGUAAAAUAGUCUGAUUCUCUCCGAGACUGUGAGUGUAGCGCUGCUGUCCUAUUAACAGUUGCACAAGCAGGUACUGUGCUGGUGGCAGAAUAAAUUAUUAUCAGAGUCAAAGUCUAGAAUAUGUAAGAUUAUAAGGGGCUUGAGAGAACGAUGAUAUAUUAAUGAGCAAUGUUUUUUAAAGGCUUUAAACUCAAGCCCAGAUCCAGAGGCAAAGAUGUGUUAAUAGUGGUAACAGUAAAUACCUGUCUAAAAAUGAAGCUGGUUCCUAGUACCCAGUAAGGAUUUACCUUAAAAUGUGCAUUUAGGACUGGGGACAUUGUAUUAAAAGGGUUCUACUGUAUUGUUAUUAUAGUGAAGCAUAUUUUCACUUCACGCUGGGGGAUUUCUGGCAAAGACAAAAUCAAAACAAAUGAAAGUGAGAGAUGUGAUCCAACACGCCUCCACUGCCAGAACAAAGGCAGAGCCUGCGGGAGUUUAUAACUGCAGUCAUAGCCAGCUGCCUGGAUCUGUUGCAUGUCACUACACUGUAAAAAGCUCUUUCCUAACACUCUGUAGAACCUUUUUAUCUCCUGUUAAUUCCCUUCUUAAGGAGCGCUCCAUCUGGUUAUACACAAUAACAACAUCACUCUCAGCAGGAGUAUCCAUACACUUUAUUAUUUGCAGGGAUGUUGACUUCAGUUUAUUAAGUAAUAGCCAGCUAGGAUACAGUAAGUUUAGUAAGUCUAGUAAGUUUAAACCUCCAACUUCCUGGCAGAGUAUGUUUGGUAAUGUGUAGUGACAACAAGCUGUUUUCUGAGGACUUUAAACACUUUCCUUCAAAACCAGUAAGAAGUCCAUAACGACACAGAGAAAGAAAGCAAGACAGAGGUGUGUUCCUUGGUUUUUGUAUGUGCAGUGAUUUUAGUCCAUAAAGAAACAAGAUUUGCAUUAAAGUGAGUUAAGCACCAUAGGAAAUCCAUGCUACUGCUGGAGUCAUUUUCAGUCAUUCAAGGACAUGGCUUAUGGUGCACAACUCACCCUUACGUCAGACCAAUAUAUUUUUAUCACUUUACUUUUGUCUUAACUACAGGUACAAUGCGUGUUUUUGUUGUACAGUUGAGCAAUGUAACCAGGUUCAAUUACCACUCUGCAGUUUUUUUUUUGUUUUUUUUUUCUUUCCCAGGAUGGUGCAUAAACAAAUUUUAAAAUAUUAGAGCUGUCUCCCAAUUUAUAUGCUGAAAAUUUAUGGAAUCACUCCAUUAAGCAAGACUGAGUGUUCUGGGUGAAUCAUUAUUCAUUAAAUGAAUACCUGUGUUAAAUGAGAA